AUGCAAAAAUAAUAGCAAACAUAGUAGAAUUAACAAAAUUCUAAUUUAUAAAAAGAAUUAGUUAACUUAGAAUCUAUUUCAAGUGAAACAUUUUAGGCAAAUAAGUUCUUGGAAUAGUUUUUUAAAUAGUAGAGAUAUAAUUUGAUAAAGAUAGAUAAUCUUGAAGAAGUAGAUAAGAAUGUCAAAGAUAUCAGCUAAAAUUUAGCUAAAAUGGAGACUGUUUUAACAGAAAUGAGCAAUAAAAUUAAAGAUGAAUUAAACACUUAACUUUAUGUAAAUAAAAUUAAAAUGGACUAUUAAGCAAAUAAAAAAGUGCAAAUGGAAAAUGAAUUUAAGAAUUUAAAAACAGUAUACCAAUAGAUUGAGAAAUAAUUAUCGGUGCUUAGUAAUCGUAAUCCUAUCGAGUAGCAGUUAAGAGAAAUUAAUCAAGAAAAAGAUUAAGUCGUUAGAACUAAAUAACUGAUAGAGCACUUUAAAGCUUUUAAUAAAAAAAACUAAGAAGAUCACCCUUAAAUGUACAGAUAGGUUAUUUAUGAGAAUAAAUUAGAAAAUAUAGAAUUAGCAGCAAAGAAUAUAUUGAUAUUACAAAAAGUUUGUUCAAAUAUGAAUAAUACAGGAGAGUACAAACUAGCUAUUGAUAACAUAAGGGAUAUGUUUUAAAAAUUUGAAAUAAAAAUCGAAAAGAAAUUUAAAGAGUUUUAUUGGUUGUUUGAUUCACCUAACAUGGCAAGAUAUCUUAAAAUUGUUAAUCUAUAUGAUAUGAUUGGCAAGGUUGCAGAAUUUUAUAUUGACUAGACUCUAGGAGAACUUAAAGUUAACCAAGAUUAUAGUCUGUAAGGACCUGAGAAUAUAAAAAGAGAGAUUAAAAAUCAUUUAGACUUGCUUCAUGUUAGAUUUAAAAAAGCUUUAUAGGAUGAAAAUAAAGAGGAUGGAGUGAAGAAUUCAUUUUGCAUUUAGGAAAUAUUUGGUGGAUACAGUAGCGACGUUCUUAAAUCAUUUAUUUGCUAUAGUUUUGAUGAUAUUAUGGGGAAAAUCGUUAAGCAAAUUCUUAAUAAUUUCAUAAACAAUCCUACCUUAUACCUUUAAUACUUCUAAUUUCUUUAUGAAACGAUUUAAGCUCAAGUUAAUAAAAUAGAUCAAAUUGAAAGCACAUUGAGUUCUCAAGCUAGUGAAUUAGCUAACUCCUUUUUUAUAUCUUUAUUCCAGGAGUUUUAAGAAAGAUAUUUUGAAAUAGAAAUAAACAACUUAACAUGCAUUAUUACAGAUAAUUCUAAUAAAGUAAUCGAGUUGAUGUAAAGAUCUAAAGAUUUUACAAAAGAAAGAGUGAAAGGUGAAAUACAAAAAUGGUUUGAGCAUCUUAUAUUUGAUAACACAGAUAAAGAUUCAGUUAGGUUAACAAAAUCUGAAAUGGCCCAUAGACUAACAAUAAUGAAAGACAUACUACAUCAAGAAUAUAUUGAGAUUAUAUUUACAUCUGUUUAAGAAUCAUUAAAUAGAAGUGAAAAGAUUUCAUUAAAGGAAUAAAAGAUAACAAAUAAGUGCCACAUACUUGAAUUAUUUUUAUCACAUUUCGGAACCAAUCUCAUCUCUACUCUUAUUGAAUACACAAUUCACACAGUUCCAAAUUUAAACAGAAAAACUUUGCUUAAUGCAGAUUUCUUUGAAGUCAUUCCUUAAUUAAAUAUUUUAGUAAAUAGAAUGGAUUUAAUCUUCUCACAGUAUACGAAAAACAGCUUUGAGAACACUGAACUUCGUUAAAUAGUAAAAAAGAAGGAGGAAAUAAUUUCGACUUUAGAAAUAAAUAUUUUGAAAUCCAUAUAAUGCGCUCUAGCUUCUAUUUUUAUAAAUUGUAAUAGAAUUUUAAAUGAUAAAUAAAAAAGUAAAGAUUUUAUAAAAUCUACUGAUGCUUUACCCAGUCAAACUACAGCUUGUACAGAAUUUAUUGCAUUUCUACAGGUUUACAUUGAAUCUAUCAACUAAAGUUAGUCUAAUUCAAAUAAAACUAGAGUUUUAGAAUCUAUAGGGCUAUAAAUAAUUUCUAUCCUAAUAGAUCAUUUUUCAAAGUACAAAGUUAGUUAACAAGGAGCAAUACAAUAGUUACAAGUAGAUUUAGCUUAAUAUGAAAAGCUUAUUAUUCAAAAUUUCAACUACUUUGAGGUUCUAUAAAAGUUUGAACAAUUAAAGAUUCUUAUAAAUAUAUUCAAGAUUGAAAAAAGCAAUUUAGAUUAGUACAUAUAAGAAGAAUCUCUAUUUAAGUAAAUAGAUCCUGUAACAAUCUAAAAAUACAGGGAUAACAGAUAAGAUUCAUCUGGAUCUUAUUUGCAUAUGUUUAUGAAAUGA